GAAGACGGUUACUGGGAUACCGACAACAUCAUCCGAAGUCGCUCACUUUCUAUCAGUUGGCGUUCCCGUGUUACCGUUUGUUGACUUUUUUCCUCUCAGGCAUCAUGGCGAGCCAGCGGCCUCCUUCAAGCAUGGGCCGUCCAAUUAGCCGCAGUGGAUCUGUCGUCCCUGGUGCUGGAAGACCCCCAACGGCCGUCCGACCUCCUCCUACAGCUAUACGUGUUGCAACUGGGAUGGUUCCAGGUACAAGUAGUCAUCUUGGUGUGAGGGGCGGGAUCCCAGUUGCCACCCCUGGAGUCCUGUCAGCACAGAUCAAAGUGACUGACAGGCCUGUCACCCAACAAGGGCUCAGCGGGAUGAAGACUGGCAUGAAAGGACCUCAGAGACAGAUUCUGGAUAAGUCCUACUACUUGGGCCUUCUCAGGAGUAAGCUCAACGAGUUGACCACAGAGACCAGCAAACUGCACAAAGAGAUUGACAACUACAACCAAGAAAAUUCUGUCUACCUCUCCUAUGAGAGGAGAGCUGAAGGUCUGGCUGCAGAGAUUAAGGAUUUACAAGGCCAUCUUGCUGACUACAACAUGCUGGUGGACAAGCUCAACACCAACACAGAAAUGGAGGAAAUGUUAAAUGACUACAACAUUUUGAAAGCCCAGAAUGACAGUGAGGCUGAAAGCAUUGACAGCAUCUUCACUGAGAGGAGGAAAAGAGAGGAGGCAAUCAGGGCCAUUGAAGAGGAGGUCAGGAGGGAAAGGCGGGUUGCUGACGAGGUUGUCCAAUCAAUGCCAGCUGCAAAGCAAGAGAAGUAUUUCACCAUGGCAACAGCCAAUGAGGAACUGCUACAGGAGCUAACUGUUCUCCAGGAGGAGCUGGACAUUCUGAUAACAAGGAAGGAGGACUACGAAGCAGAGCUGGCCCACUCGCAAAUAAAACAGGAAGUGGUGCAGCUUCAUAAGACUCUGUCAGCGCUGGAGGCAAAUCGGGAUGCCAUGGAGGCUGAGCAAAAGAGCCUAGGUUCACCCCAGGAGGAGAGAGAGAAGUUAUUCAGACAGGUGAAGGAAGACAACCAGGAAAUUGCCAGCAUGGAGAAACAGCUCACGGAGAUCAGAGACCGGAUCAGACAAAUCACAGAGGAGAUCCGACGGCUCGAGCAGGACUCAGAGGAAGCUGAGGGGGAGUGUAAACAGAAAUACAAAGAGCUGAAGAGGAAAGAGGAGGAAAUUGACCGCUUCCUGGAGUCCUUUGAGGAGUCCAGGGCUCAAGAGCAGAAGAAGAUGACACAGAGCCAGGAGAACAUCGUCUCCCUCCUGGAACACUGCAGCAGGAAUAUGUUGCGGCUACGUCAGUUGGAUACAGUGACAGCCAGUGAGCUGAGGAACAUGCAGGAGGUGCUGGUCAGCAAGGAGACUGAUGUGGUCCAAUCAGAGAGCACCGCCAGGGGGCUGACAACAGAGUCCCAGCGUCUGCAGCAGGACCUGGAGAAGGUGCAGCAGCUGGAGGGGAAGAUCACAGGAGAGCUCAGCAGCCUGAAGGAGCGCUUCAGCACCAUGGAGUCUGAGCUGCACACCUACCGAGACCUGGACACCCUGAGACUCACUGCGGAGGAGAAGAAGAAGAGACUGCAGGAGGACCGGGUAUUGCUGACUCAGCGUCGGGAUUCAUUCAGACAGCUGUUGGAGGAGAUGAACCAGCAAUAUGAAGCUCUGAAGACCAAACUGCAAGAAAACGAGACUCAUGCUCAGCUAGCUAACCUGGAGAGGAAGUGGCAACACUUGGAGCAGAACAACUAUGUAAUGAAAGAGUUCAUCGCUUCCAAAUCUCAGGAGAGUGACUACGCCUCAGUUGCCAAGAAGGUCUCUCAUCAUGUGUCGGACUACAACAAGUGUCUCGUAGACUCACUACAGAACAACAGGAGUUGAGCAAACGUGAAAAACAUUGUUGGUGUUACUAGUCGGUUAUCAGAACCCAAUCAGUUAGAUCGGUCAACAUGUAAGAUAGGUCUAAUGUUUAUGGCCAACUGCCAGCUAUACUGACAAAGCAUUGAUGUUUAACAAUGUGCAACUUGUCUAUUUGCUUCUAGUGAUCCUCAAACAUUUGUCAGAAAGAGAUAUUUUGGCACCAGUCAUCUUAAAAGUCCAGUUAAUCAAAUUUAUGAGAGUGCUACCCAUUUGUCACUUGUAGCUGCUUGCUGUCCCUGAGAAGUCUUUAAUGUCUAUUUAUCUACUAUAGUUUGUAUUUGAAAAUACAUGAGAUUCCUCGUCACUACUGUAGGUUCUGUGAGUGUUGCUUCAAAGUGCUUUGAUAAUUUGAAUA